UGCUAGUACUAACCUCAGACGAUGGCCCUAACCAAUUUAGUCAACAUUAUGAUCCCAACAAUCAUGUCGGAUCUUUUCAACAACAAUCUCAUUACGUUGGACCUGUUCAACAUCCUCAGCAACCACUUAUUUUGAAUGGGCUUUACUGCCCUCCCAAUAUCCAAAUCAAUAACCUCCAAAGACAACAAUCAUUCGAGUCUCAAGCUUCAACUACGACUAAUCAGCCCCCUUACAAGACUUUAGAAAUUGUAACUGUCAAGUUUGUAAAUGAAAAUUGUGUUACACGAAAUAAUCGAAAUGAAGUGAAUAUGAAUAAUGCUUCAGUAAAUAUCAUCAACAACAAUAAUCCUCAAGAUUCUAUCAACAACAAAAAUAAUCCUAAAGAUUCUAUCAACAACAAAAAUAAUCCUCAAGAUUCUCAAGACUCGAAAAAAUUCAAAUAUAUUUUUAUUGCAUUUAUCAUUAUUUGCGUAG